GGCGGCGGGGGCGGUGCGAGGUCGGCCCGGGAGCGGCGCCAUGUCGUGCUGCCGCCUGGCCGCCAUCAGAGCGCUGCGCUCCGUGCAGCAGGGCCGGGCCGCCACAGUUUUGCAGUGCCAUCACCUGAGAUACCCUUCCAGAGCACUGACAUCUUCAGGUGUUCCUGGCAAACCUGGCAGCAACCUACUGCUGUACUUAAUUGUGGGAGGAACAGUCACUGGGACAGGAGUUUAUGUAUACAACACAUUGAGGGAAAAGAAGGAGAGAUUCACCAGCCGUGUCACAACAGUAACUACACGGUCCCAAGAAAAGGAACCGUCUUCUGCUCUAGGAGCUCGCCCUGACGUCCCAUCUCAUGUUCCUUUCUUGCUCAUUGGUGGAGGAACUGCUGCUUUUGCUGCUGCCCGAUCCAUUCGGGCUCGUGACCCUGGUGCGCGGGUACUGAUUGUGUCUGAAGAUCCUGCACUGCCCUACAUGCGUCCACCUCUCUCCAAAGAGCUGUGGUUUUCAGAUGAUCCUCACGUGACAGAAACUCUACGGUUCAAACAGUGGAAUGGCAAAGAAAGGAGUAUAUAUUUCCAGCCACCGUCAUUCUAUGUGCAGGCUCGUGAUUUGCCUUUUGUAGAGAAUGGUGGAGUAGCAGUUCUCAGUGGCAAGAAGGUUGUGCAUAUGGAUGUGAGAGGCAACACUGUGAAACUCAAUGAUGGCACGCAGAUAUCCUAUGAUAAAUGUCUAAUUGCGACUGGUGGUUCCCCAAGGAACCUGCCCGCCAUCGAAAGGGCAGGAAAAGAUGUACAACAACGGCUGACGCUGUUCCGAAAGAUUGAGGACUUCAAAAGUCUGGAGAAGAUCUCAAGACAAGUCAAGUCCAUCACAAUUAUUGGUGGUGGUUUUCUCGGCAGUGAGCUGGCCUGUGCCCUGGGAAGAAGAGCACAAACCAGAAACCUGGAGGUGAUUCAGCUGUUUCCAGAGAACGGCAAUAUGGGCAAAGUCUUGCCUGAAUAUCUGAGCAACUGGACCACAGAGAAAGUCAGAAGAGAGGGCGUUAAUGUUAUGCCUAAUGCUGUGGUCAAGUCCGUCUCUGUCUCUGGGAAUCGGCUGCUGAUUAAACUGAAAGAUGGCCGAAAGGUGGAGACCGACCACAUUGUGGCUGCAGUAGGGCUGGAGCCCAAUGUGGAAUUAGCAAAGUCUGCCGGACUGGAAGUGGAUUCUGACUUCGGAGGGUUCAGGGUGAAUGCAGAGCUGCAGGCACGCUCCAAUAUCUGGGUGGCUGGGGAUGCUGCCUGCUUCUAUGAUAUCAAACUGGGUAGGAGACGUGUAGAGCACCACGAUCACGCCGUUGUGAGUGGAAGACUGGCUGGAGAAAACAUGACAGGAGCUGCGAAGCCUUACUGGCAUCAGUCUAUGUUCUGGAGUGAUCUGGGUCCUGAUGUGGGCUAUGAAGCAAUCGGCCUCGUUGAUAGUACUUUGCCAACAGUAGGGGUCUUUGCUAAAGCAACAGCAAAAGACACACCAAAAUCUGCGACAGAGCAGUCAGGGACAGGUAUUCGAUCAGAAAGUGAAACAGAAGCAGAAGCUUCAGAAGUUCCCGUAUCUCCAAGCUCUUCACUAACGCCUCAAGUUCCAAAGGAAGGAGAAGAUUAUGGCAAAGGUGUCAUUUUCUACCUCAGGGAUAAAGUGGUGGUAGGAAUUGUAUUGUGGAACAUCUUCAACAGGAUGCCCAUUGCUCGAAAGAUAAUCAAAGACGGGGAGGCGCACGCUGAUCUCAAUGAAGUAGCAAAGCUUUUCAACAUCCAUGAAGACUAAACUCAAGAAUCAUCGCCAUAGGAGUGAGUAGGGCUGCGUUCAUCCCUUCACUUGGGAGAAUUUGCUCUGAGCACUUGUGAACAUUUCCAUCAUCUUGAAUUCUAACAUUUCACCAAUAAAAUCAGAUUCUUCUAA